CGGAAAUGUGAGUGCCGUGCUGCUGGCGUGAGUUCCAGUGGGUGUGAUUAACGGUUUUCGGAGAGUGAGUGUGUGUGUGUGAAAGUGGAAAAGCGAAAACAAUAAACAGUAACUGACAGUUCAAGCUUAACAUAUCAAAAGUUGUUUCAAUAUCGAACUCGUGAAUAAAAAAUACAUCCACACUUGAGUGAAGUGUAAUUUUAAACUGAACGGAGCGUAGAACCUCUCGAAACCAUGUUCUACGCACACAUCGUGCUGGCCAAGAAGGGCCCGCUGGCCCGUAUUUGGUUGGCAGCCCAUUGGGACAAGAAAAUUACCAAGGCGCACGUCUUCGAAACCAACAUCGAGCAGUCCGUCGAUGGUAUCAUGCAGCCAAAAGUCAAACUAGCUUUACGUACCUCGGGCCAUCUUCUGCUCGGGGUCGUGCGGAUCUACGCACGCAAGGCAAAAUAUCUGCUGGCAGAUUGUAACGAAGCGUUCGUAAAGAUCAAGAUGGCUUUUCGACCGGGGAUGGUUGAUCUGCCUGAGGAGCAUCGGGAAGCUGCGGUCAACGCGAUCACACUGCCGGAGGUGUUUCACGAUUUCGACACUCCGCUGCCCGAGUUGAAUGAUGUGGACAUUGAGGCGCACUUCUCAAUCAAUCAGUCGCGCGCCGAUGAGAUUACGAUGCGCGAAGACUACGGCACGCUGCCGAUGAACAUCCACGACGACGGUUUCGGCGACAUGGGAUUCGACGAUACGCCGGACAUUGUUCGUGACCGAAUCGAAGAACCGAUGGAGCAGGACCUGGAGCCGGAGCAGUUAGCCUUGGAUGACCAGGUGGUGGUGGACACGACGACAUUGGCGGAGAAUGGUAGCGCGAUGGAAAAUGGAACCGAUGGCAAAGAUAAGCCCAUCGAUAAGAAGGGCCUUCGGGCGCGUGCCAAAAGCUUGUACGAAGAGCUGAGCGAGCAGCCACCGCAGGAUACCCGGUGGAACGAGUAUCUUGACGACCUGUUCACGGAUCCCGUAGCACCGCCACCGGAUCUUGAGCAAGAGAAAGAACCUCUUCCCGGUACGUCCCGCUCGGUACUGGAUUCGUUCGAUCCACAUCAUCCGCACGAUGUGGACAAUGAUGGAUUCGGCGAUGAGGGCGGCUUCGGGGCGGAACCCGCAGCAGGGCUAUUCGAGGGUGACAUUUUCGCGGACGCCCCGCUUGCACCGGAACCAGAACUUCCGGCUGCCCCCGUUGAGGCACAGCAUGCCGGCACAGAAGAGGACAGUGAUGAUGAUGACCAUUUCGACGUGGGCGGUGCUCCUUCGCCGGCGCCCAGUUCGGACAACUCUCGGCCCCCAUCGCCGAUAAUGACGCAGCAGCUGCUGGAGGAUCUACAGCAACCGGGAACCAGCCAGGAUGGAGUACCGAAGGUGCCUCUUGUUCCGGAGAUUGAUCCUGUUGAGGCACCGAGUGCCAUGGUACCAGAACCGAUGCAAGAUCAACCCGAACUACGGCAGGAAGCGGACGAUGAACAAAUGCAUCGUGAAGUUGGUGCGGAGGAAGUUGAAGGGGAACAAACCACUCUGUUACACAAUGAAGAGGAAAGUUUCGCACUGGCACCGGUAGAUGCAUCAGCUCUGAAAGGUGUCACCAAGAGCAAACGCAAACGAAAACUCAUCGUCGACGAGGUGAAAAAUAUCAGCGGCGAGGAAAUGAAGAGUCAAUUAGCAAAUACGACCGAUAUCGUAACUACAUUGGACUUAGCUCCACCUACAAAGCGAUUGAUGUAUUGGAAGGAAACCGGUGGAGUAGAGAAACUGUUUGCUUUACCUUCUCGAGACAUCCCCGCCCGGUGCAUGUUCAAAAACUAUCAACGACAUCUUACAUCACGAUCGAUUGGAGUGGAAGAAUUCGAUGCAUUAGGCCCACUGGAGGUCUUAGGCGUUGAACAACAACAACCGGAACGACCCGAAUCUCCUGUGACUCAACGCCGUGGAAGAAAGCGAAAGGGUAACCAAGAUCUGCUGCCGCCGGAUACCCCAAUGCCUAUGACACCCGCCACACCUGCAACUCCAGGGCAUCUGGACCAAACAUCGCUCGAUCAGAUGCGAGAUAUUGUAGAAAUGCCACCUCCAACGCCAGUGUCCAUGGAGCUCCGGGAUCAGGAGAUGUGCCAGAGUUUCCACCCUGAUAUGCCCCCGCCGGCUACUCCGGGUCUAAGUCAUAUCGGUAGCCCACAAACACCUCUCAACUUGGGUAUGCAAACCCCUCAAAUGAUGCCACCUACUCCAGGUAUGCCAGGCAUACCAAUGACGCCUGGAAAUUUAGUGCAUGGUGGCCUAACGCCGGCUGGUCUCGUACAUGGUGGACUCACUCCUGCUGGUUUAGUCCAUGGUGGAUUAACUCCUGCCGGAUUAGCUCAUGGCGGCCUUACUCCUGCUGGAUUGGCACACGGUGGCCUCACGCCUGCGGGACUUGCUCACGGUGGACUCACUCCUGUUGGACUGGCUCAUGGCGGACUAACCCCCGCUGGACUCGCACACGGUGGCCUCACCCCUGCUGGAUUGGCGCACGGUGGUCUUACGCCGGGAGAUCUCAAUCAUGGCGGUAUGACUCCAGCUGGAUUGCAGCAUGGUGAUUCCGGCCAGGUAAUGCCUGAAUUACCGGGAGCAAUGACCCCACACGGUUUGGAUCACGGUGGUAUGACGCCACAUCAUGCCAGUCUGGAGAACAUCGAUCAGAUCCCUCAUUUACCAGCUGAUCAGGUUUCUUCUAUACUGAAUGAACCAGGAAUGGAAAACUUUUCCAAUAUGGGCUACGAAGGUCAUGCUGCUUCGCCGGCUCGUGAAGUACUUCACGAGGAGGCGCCCAAUGAAUGGAAUCAGGACUAUGAGUUCCCUCAGUCCGUUGGUGGGCAACAAAUAAGCGAAGAGCAACAAGUGGACGAAACGAUUGAACAGUUUGAGGAGCGUGUGUUGAACAAACGUGCCGCUCAGUUAUUUAUUUCCGUACGAUCACGGCUCCUGAAGACCGAAAGCAUGGUGCUAUCGGAAAUGACGCACCGCAACGACAAGAAACAGGCUGCACAAAAGUUCUACUCCUUGUUGGUGUUGAAAAAGUUCAAAGCACUCGAGAUCACCCAACCGGAACCGUACGCAGAUAUUACCAUCACCCGAGGGCCACUGUUCGAGAAUCCGAAGCUGUAAUAUGGCUGCUACGUGCUGUUUUUAAUUUAGAUGUUUAAGUUGAAGAAUUACUAAGAUAAGUCGUAACACAAAACAGAUUCCUUUCAUUAGUCGGUUAGGCGAAAACUGGAGAUGCUUCUGCAUUUUUACUUUUUAUUGAAACUAUUAACGGAUACUUUUUUCGAUAAAUAAGCGUAAAAAUGCCAAUCAUAUGACAUGUAAAUAUCUUUUAUUAGCAUCAAAACAAAACACAGUUCUUCUGAGAACAUUGAUAGAUUGGUUGAUUUCGUUGAUUGAAAUCUAACAAUCUAUUGAAAGCAGCAGUUUUGUUCGUUAGUUGGUUGAUUGUUAUGUUAUUGGGUUGUAACUAGUAGCUAUAUAACUUAUGUUUGCUUGAUUCGCUGUAUGCAUAAGAACAAAGAAUGAAUUACGUUUCGAAUAAAAAGAUGAAAUGUCUUGUAUAUAAUAGUAUGGUAAGAUUUGAUUAUUGGGAUGAUGUAUUACUAAACAUCCACAGAGGUCAAAAAUAGAAUAAAAACCUCGCGAACGCAAGACUUGGUUCUCAUGUUUGCUCGCACUAUUACUUAUUAGCGAAAAUGAAAUCCGAAAAGCUCGUUCGUCGCUAAAAGCACCAAAAUUCAUUUCACUAAUAACAAAAAGCUGUACUUUGAUCUGUUUCCGUAUGUUGUUUUUGUUUGUCAUAAACCAAAGGACACCAUCGCAUUGAAAGUGUCUGCGAAUGACCUGAUCUUGUUAAACGUCAUUAUCAAGUUUGUCGGAGACGGUAUAACAAAAAUAUAACAUCAGCUCGUAAGGAUAGUUGAAGUAGAUAUAAAUAAGCUUAUCACAAAAGAACAAAAAUGUAAAUAUCAAGAUGAAAUAAAGUAAAUCUCUAAAAACAUAA